ACAGUGAACAAAAAUAAUUCCAAACCAAAGGAGGAAUUAUGUUAAGACUUGGGUCAAGAUCAUCUGAAAUAGCAGAGCAUACAGGUUUUGCAUUAGAGUAUCUGCAGCUAGCCUGGCUGUCAGUCUGUCUGAGCUUUGCAGCCAGUACACAGCAAAUCCGUGCCUGAUCUGCUAUUGGCCAGAGAGAGCUGGGAGGGUCUUCCUGGAGGCGGAGGAGCAGGCAGGAAGGGGGUGGCUGGAAAUGUUUCAGCUAGAGAGUUAAGCAGACAGUCUUUUCCUCCACUGUCGUGGAAAGAAAAUCCCUGUCUAGGCAUGGGCCUGAGCACACAGCACUGAGAAGGGAAUGAAAACUAUACAUAUGGUGAUUAUAUUUAGACAGAAAGUAAUUAGAAGAAGUCGGACUACCGACGCAGACUCUGUGGUGGAUGUUAGAGAGACUGAGGAGCUCCAGCACUGCAUGAGAUCACCAACAGAAAGUGCCUUUCAGACAACAUCUCCGACUUGAACCUGCUCUGUGGUCCAUAUGUGCAUGGAAAGCCAACGCUCCCUUUAAGGCCAGGUCUGAGCUGUGACAGGGGAUACCUCAGCUGCAAAUCUUCAGUAGCCUCCAAUUCAUUUCUGAACGACUCCAGUGGCUAAGAAAUCCAAGAGGAAAGCAUUAUUGUGGAGAGGAGAACUGUCAAAGCACAAAGAGCUGACAAAUUAGAAGUUGGCAAAGUCAAUACCAAGCACAUCUUCGUUAAUAUUCUAUCAAAGAGCUCCAUUGCCUCGAAAUACUAUUAUUGAGAGUGUUCUUGUCAGUGGAGGAGGAGAGACACUUGGGGGUGUCACAGAGCAAGCCCCUCAACCUUUUCAGAGGUCUGCCAUAGGUGCAAACCGAUUGAUGAGUGAUUGAUCGUUAAUCGAUUAGCCUUCCUCCCGGCUUAUGCUGCGAGGGCCUCUGUAGUUGCUACAUAUGAUUUGAGAACUUUUCAAACACAAAUCAAACAGAGCCAAAAGUUGUGAACUUUUUUACGUGAGGCCAUUUUUAGUUAGAGUCAACCGAUAUAUUGAACUUGCAGCAUUCAAUUGGAACCUCUUAACAUGGCUCUGAAUAUAUCUUCGAUAAGAGACACAAAAUGGCUGACAUUGGAAGUUUGUCGGCAGUUUCAGAGAGGAACUUGCUCACGGAGUGAUGAGGAAUGCAAAUUUGCACACCCACCAAAGAGCUGCCAGGUUGAAAACGGAAGAGUUAUUGCCUGCUUUGACUCGCUAAAGGGUCGAUGUUCAAGAGAAAACUGUAAGUACCUUCAUCCACCUUCGCAUUUAAAAACCCAGCUAGAGAUUAACGGACGCAACAACCUCAUCCAGCAGAAGACGGCAGCAGCCAUGCUAGCCCAGCAGAUGCACUUCAUGAUCCCAGGCACGAGCAUGCAGCCUGUAGUAAGUUACUCAUAUUCAGUACCUACAUUCAAUAUGAACCAGGGGCUUGGUACGAGCCCUGGUCUCAGCUACUCUCCAUAUCUUACACCCAUGACCUCUAUGAGCCACGGGAUGAGCCUGAUGCCCACCGAGAUGCUCCCCAGUACCCCAGUGAUGGUCCCUGGAAGCCCCGGUGUCACAGUCCAGAGCUCCAACUCGUCCUCCUCUUCCCCCUCACAGAAGCUGCUGCGCACCGACAAACUGGAGGUGUGUCGCGAGUUCCAGCGGGGGAACUGUGCGCGAGGCGAGACUGACUGCCGCUUCGCCCACCCCAGCGACAGCCCCAUGAUCGACACCAGCGACAACACAGUCACCGUCUGCAUGGACUACAUCAAGUCGCGCUGCUCCAGGGAGAAGUGCAAGUACUUCCACCCCCCUGCUCACUUACAGGCCAAAAUCAAAGCCUCUCAACACCAGGUCAACCAAUCGGCUGUGGCAGCCCAGGCAGCAGCUGCAGCCAUGGCGUUCCCCCAUGGCUGCCUGCAGCCCCUACCAAAGAGACAAGCACUGGAGAAGAGCAACGGGGCCAGCUCCUUCUUCAACCCCAGUAUGUUGCACUACCAGCAGGCUCUGGCCAAUGCACAGCUCCAGCAGACGUCUGCGUUCUAUCCCGCAGGCAGAUAUAUCAGUGCUUCCAGAUUACAUCAUCCAGGGUCAGUGUUUUGCAUGUCUCCUGCUACCGGCAUUGUACCCAUGAUGUACAGUGCUACGCCUGCUACUGUCUCUGCAGCAACUACUCCUGCCACAAGUGUCCCCUACGCAGCAACAGCACCAGCCAAUCAGAUCAUCCUAAAGUAACCUACAAGAAAGGAACAGAGUGUCAAGACGCUCCCCUUAGAGGCCCUAAACAGCCCUUCUGUAAAUACUACUUUUGCUCCACACGAGAACUACAGCAACCUGCAUGCUGAGAAGAAGAUUACUGAGGAAAUGUAGAACAUUGAGCUAUGUUAAAAUAUACAAAUUAUAUACCUGUAUUGCUAGGACUAAUAUCGUUACUGAUGUGUAAAUGACUGAUUUAUUAUAUGUAUUCACACAUGAUUGGAGAUUGUGAAGAUUUAAUCGUAAAGGUAUUCAACGAUGACUUUUAUUUCCUUUUUAAUGUUUUGUUAAAAGUGCACAACACUCAUCUAAUUCAAAUGUAAUUUUUUUAGCAGAAAAUGAUUGUGCAUCUAAGUGCUUGAUUGCUUUUAUUUAAAACACAGACCAUUGGAAAGCGCUCUUGUUUAUACACCAUAUACAAAUUGCAUUUGGCUUGUGAGUGUCCUUCUUGCUCUUGUAAAGGACGAAUGUGACAGAGGAUAGCAUGUCGUUGUUUACCUUGUGGUUAUUCUCUGAGUACAGGAUCACUGCUCCCCCUCCUGGUGUGCCUUGGCUUCUCUACGGAGGAAUAACCAAUUGAGUGAGCCUCAGCAAACCCAAUGAUAAUAGCAGAAAAUGAAUUCAUGUACCUUAUGGCAGUGAUAUAAUCAGCCACUAAUUCCAGAAAUGAUAAAGGAAUUUAGCUACCACGGUUCCCAAGUUUCUGUCUGUGCUGCGCUGUUUGCGCUAUGUCUCUUCGGUCAAGUUUUUAGGUGAGCCUUGUCUUGGCAUCCAUCAAAUAAACACCAUAUACCAGAUGUUGUGCCAAUGACCUCGCAGAGUGAUGGGUGGGCUGAAAAUAAGCCACCUUAGAGGAACUGAAAGGCUGAGUGAGUGUCUGCCGAGCUGUCACAGACAUGAGAGGGGUUAGGUGGUCAUAGUGCAGAGGCCACAGACAUUAAAGAGGGAGCAGAAUGAUAACACUUCAAAAGGAAAGACGUGGUGAUCCUUGUUUUAAAAAGGCUGACGUACACGUGCAAGGAAACCUUGCGGUGACUCGAGGUCACUUAUUAAUCCUGUCUUAUUUGAACUGUAGAAGUGCCUAAAGUAAUGUACAUAACAAGCAUCUUGAAAAGGCUCUAUGUGAGAAAUAUUCAACUUUGAGUAGAAAACCCCGCCGUUUCUCAACGUACUCCAUGGCCUCACAAUAAAUACAAUGAACAACUGUUUGUGUGAGGUGAAUUCAGUGCAUUGGUAGUCUUUGUACACUGGGUUAGUUUUAGUGCUUUAACCUUUCAUUUACUUUCAAGUUUCAAUAUCUGGCAGAUAAGGAACAUGGCUGCUUUGGCAUGAAGUUCAGUGAUUGUUCAUUGUGUAAAAUGGUUUAGCUUCAUUCUUAAUGAGUUGAAAGUCGUUUGCAACUAAAAAGUGAUUGGAGAUGAGUUUGGAGAACCGGAUAUGUGUUGUGGUUCUAUGUUGGUAACUCAUUAUGUCGGUAACUCAUUUGUCUCUAUAUACAACCGUCUUUACAACCAUAUCCUCGUGUUUAAUGCGCUGUUAUCAUAGUCUGUCUAACGUCUUUCGAGUAGAAUGUAUCACAGUAAAUGUUUUAGUGGUAGGACGUAGUCACAUAACUAAUCACAUUGUGCAAUGAAACUCAUAUAACUCUACAUGUGUUUUUGUCAAAGCUUCAUUGUAUAUACAAACUGCACUUACGAAACACAGACAGAUUUACCCACCAAUGCACCUGUGCAAAGUCUACAGCAGUUAUUUACAGUAGGAUAUAAAAGGCAAAACUAAGCUAAAAACAUGGAACUAUUUACAAUGAUCGACAUGUAACAUUAUUUUACCUUUUGCUUAACCUUUUAUGUUUUAUUUGCUCUUGAAAAUAACAGUUAAAAACUUCACACAGGUGCAAACUCUAAAUCUUGCCCACAAGUCUUUCAUUCUCCCUUUUCAUUUUCUGUGUGAGUGAAAUCAGUAUGCGUAAAAGAAAUGUCAUCAGUAUCGUGAUAUUGUCAUGGUGUUUGAUCAACUCAGACAAUUCACAGAAAACUGAAAUGACGCAUGUUCUUACCAUCUUUGUCCUUUUUCAUUACUUUUCAUUUUCUUUUCAGAAAAGUUCAUUUUUAUGUUCUGUUUGAUGGAAAUAUAUGGAAUUUACUUAUUUGUUUAACAUUAGUUAUAGAACAAUGUUGUAUUCUAUUUUAAAAUGAAUGUAAUUUAUUAAGCUGAGCUUUGCUCUGCUGGCGGUUAUUCAAAUGACCUGUCCUGUCACGUUAGCCUAUGAAAAGCCGUCUGUGACCAGGGAUGGAAUGUUGGAGCUACCAAUGGCAAGCUUCCACAUCUCAUCCUUGUCACUGCCUUGUCACCUAUACAGGACAACACACUGCAGUACGAGCAAGGCUGUAGAAUUGCUUUUAUUAUGUAUAAAAACAGUUUAUUGUAUAGGUCACAGUCUACCAAAAAAAAAUAACAUUUAAGUAAAUUUACUUUUCAUUGUAGUACUGUAUAAUUUCAUAACUAUAUUAAUUUGUCUCUGUGGCAACCUAAAGUUGCAAUGACGGAAGCUCUGUAUUUUUGUAAAUGAUGUAAUUGUUACGUUUUCUAGAGCACUGUAACACACUAGAUUGUAUUGCCAGAAUCUGAACAGUUCCUAUUUUAUGGCAAAAUUAUAUACAACAAUAUUUUCAGUAUCAUAAUGCCUUUGUAUUACAGUAGUAUAUUCCUUUUGCAUUUGACAGCCUACCCAUGACACUUAAAUGUCCCUAAAUACAUGCUCUAAUCUAUUCUACCAAAAAUGAGCUCUCUAAAGUCCUCUUACAAAGCAUCCCUAGACUCAUAAAGGCAAUGGAAAACUCAAAAAGCUGUGUUUUGAUGGUUGUUCAGCUGUUUAGAAUUGCACUUUGUUCCCAGAAUAAAGUUAUUUUUACACUGCAGAAAAAGUAUGUUAAACAUGUAGUCAUGGGUAUGGCUAAUCUGGCAGUGAUACUCUUAAAUUAUUUCAAUUGUUCACCGAAGGCGUCUUUCACCAAAAAAAUGCUCUUUGAAAACGGAUGUUAAUUUUAAUGGUAAUUUCAACUCAAGUUUUGCUAAAUGUUUCCAAUGUUUUUAUAGCUAGAUACAGCUGUACCUGAAAGUUAGUUGAGAUUUUAGACCACCCAAUCAAAAGAGUUGGACAGUCAGAAUGUGUUCACUUUUACUGACCCAAUGGUAACAUGAUUCCUACCCACUGGGCACAGACUUCAAUUGAACGUAUAUUCCAUGUUGGUUCAACGUAAUUUGGUUGAAAUUACGUGGAAACAACGUUGAUUUAACCAGUGUGUGCCCUGUGGGUAAGCACUUUCUGAACAGUUGGUAAACUAAGCAGACAAACUUAUUAGUGAACUUUGCCUUACCUUUGAUGUAUUGUUCUUAAGUUGUUAUGUGUUAGGGUUCAUUAAAUAUAAGGAUUGUAUUUAGUCUAUUGCAAUUAGUGAAAUAUGCUGUUUUAAUUCUCACUACAGACAUUUUCAUUUUGAGGCCAAAAUGGUAGAUUGUAAAGAGUGCAGUCAAACACUUUACUGAGAAAAGCUUGAUGAUGAGAAAACUGGCGGGUGCCAUUCUAAAUGGCUGUGGUACAGUUACUGCAGAGUUGUGUUUAAAGUGCUGUGCCAGUGCCACAUAUGGUUCCAUCGGUAAUGCCGUACUCUUUAACAGAGGGGAAAAGUACAAACCCUUACUCAUUUUGAAUCUGUUCAUGUGGCAAUUUUUUAAUGUUUUAUUUGUGCAUAAUUAUGUGCUCUUUUAUGAUAUAUAUAUAUAUAUAUAUAUACUAUAUAUAUAUAGUAGUUUUGUUUUGUGUAAAAUCUAAUGUAAAAAAAAAACAAAUAAAAGUUGAAGUAAAUGCCAA